AUGGGUCUGCUCUCUCUCUCUCUCUCUCUCUCUGUGUGUGUGUGUCUCUGUCUUCCUUUCUCUCCACCUAAUCUGUUCUCCCCUCAGAAGCAGACCGACAGUUCAGGGUCGACCGUGAAUGCUCCUCAAGGCCGCAGAGGGGCGCGCCGUCGCUCGCCUGUGAUGGAGCAGGCUAUUGUCAGUCCAGGCACCGACGGCGUGGACGACGUGGCCAUUUCGCACGCUGUGCAAGCCGCCUCACUGUGGACGACAGGGCGUUUUGGAGAUGGCCACUACAGAGUAUCCUAUCAAACACACAAGUCACCAUGCCUGAGCCCAGCAUUGAGAAAGCCUAGCCAUGGCCUGGGUGAGAGAGUACAUAGUACCCGAUGUCCCCACGCUGCCAGCCCUUCACACUCCGCACAUCAACCACACAAUGAAUCUAGGCUCUUUUCUGCUCUGCGCUGCACGCUGCCUCGUGUCUCAACUCUCAAGUUGUGCUCCUCACGGCUGGCCGCCCUGUUCCGCAACCUCCUUCUGCGCGCUCCUCCGAGCUCUGCCCCAGGUCUGAAAUGGAGACACCAACAAAUAUUUGCAUUGAUCUUCAAAGCCCUGGAAAUUGCAACGACUCAAGUACGGCCGAUUCUCCGUGGCCACAUGAGCAUCUGUACCUAUGGCUUGCUUGUGAAGGAUGCCGCAAUGUCCCAUAGGCCCGGUUGGAGAUGGGUGAGCCCGGUGAGGGGCGUCGCCUCUCUCCACUCCUUAGUUCCAAGACCCUCUGUCCACACUGUCGAGACUUGGUACGCCCAGAUGGCGUCAGGAGGCCGCGAGUCGAAAGCCUGCCGACUGUAG